GUUUUCCAAAACCAAACAUACCCAAAUCAGCUAAAAAUUGCCUUCUUCUAUGCCUCUUCUGCCUCCUUUUCUCUGUAACUCAAAAAGCCCCCUCAAAUCUUUACCCCACUAAGACACACACACAUAGUGAAGAAACUCCCAUCAUCUCUUCUUCACAAUGCAAAUCCUCUAAUUCCUUCACCAUUACUCUCUUCUCUCUUUUUUUCAAAAAACAAAAAGAUGUUCAAAAACCAGCUGCAAGAAUUAGCUCAAAGAAGCUGCUUCAAUCUCCCCUCAUACGCCUGCGUGAGAGAAGGCCCCGAUCACGCCCCCAGAUUCAAAGCCUCCGUCAAUUUCAACGGCGAAGUUUUCGAGAGCCCCUCUUACUCCACCACCCUCCGCCAGGCCGAGCACGCCGCCGCCGAGGCCGCCCUCAGCUCCCUCUCCGCCAGAGGCCCCUCCAAAUCCCUCACCGCCAGAGUUCUCGAUGAGACGGGAGUGUACAAAAAUCUACUUCAAGAAACUGCACACAGAGCCGGAUUGAAGCUGCCGAUAUACACCACCGUCAGAUCAGGCCCCGGCCACGUCCCUGUCUUCACCAGCACCGUCGAGCUCGCCGGAAUCAGCUUCUCCGGCGAGCCUGCCAAGACUAAGAAACAAGCCGAGAAGAAUGCUGCUAUUGCUGCUUGGUUCCAAUUGAAACAAAUGCCCAAUUUGGGGAUUUUGUCGGAGCAAGAGAAUGCAGGAGGCGGGAAAUGGAGUUGCAGUUCGAAUUCCGGUAGAGUGAUAAGGCGAAGAGAUUAUCACCAUCAUCAUCAGCCGAGAAUGCAGAGGCCUAUUCAAAGAGAUAGCUUUGCCUUUGCCCAGAAACGGCCGAUUUUAGACCCGACUCACAAGCACAGAAGCUUUCUCUCUCUUCUCCCUCCGCCGCCGCUGACGGCAUCCAAAAUCCUACCCCCAAAUUUGCCCAAUUCCAAAACCCUCACUCCCAAAGCAACAGUCAAAGAAACGCUGCCGAUGUUGGAGGAGUUUUUUGGAGACGAUCAGGAAUGGGUUAACAAGAUAAGCGAGGCCAUAAGAGCAGAUGCCGGCAGCUCAAAAUCGAUUUAUGGAGGGAAAAUUGGAGGAGUCUACAGUCAAUUUGGGGGAGAAGAUGGCAGAAUUAGGUCAAUUCCGCCUCCGUUGAUGAAAAUUCCCUCAACUUGUCACAAUCCCCAAAUUGUAUCAAUCCCCAAAUUCGCGCCGGCGGUGCAAAUCAGGUCCGUGAUUCCGGUGUGCGCGGCUCCACCGGUAAGGGUGAACUCCGACCAAUCGCUGCCGAUUAACAAAGCAGCUCCACCGCCGGCGCCGUCGUCGGAGGAGUUAGCUGUGGCUUCGUCUUUGAGCAAGCUGAAAAUAUGAUGGAAUUAUGGAACUAAAUUGAUGUGAUUAGUGGUUAAAUGAGGUGGUGUUUUGGUGUGAAUGAAUGAGAUGAGUGUUUUUGCGCCAUUAAUGAGGCACGUGUAUUUUAGUUAUAAA